AUGUUGAAAACGACGCGAUUCCUGCCGAUAGUUUUAGUGUUCACGGUCCUAUUCAACACGUGUCCAGCUAAACCAACGGGUGUGAUCAAGAACCCCGUCUUCCUGAACCCUGUUCACCAACAAGAAAUCCCACUUACGGAAACUGAUACCAAGAGGGAGCAACGAUCGCCGCAAUUUGGAUUCCCGGAUGAGGGGACAUCCGAUUACGGAGACGAACGUCGUAAUAAUUAUCGCAACCACCACAGACCAGGGGGUUGUGGCGAGUUCGGUUGCGAAGGAGGGUUUGGACCUGGAGCAGGUGAAUUUUAUCCCGAAAGUGGCGCAGGUGGUGGUGCAGCGUCAGCUAACGCACAGUCUGGUGGAUUAAACGGAGGACUCUUUGGAGGAUCUGGCGAUGCAUUGGCUAAUGCACAAUCUGGAGGAUUCAACGGAGGACUGUUCGGAGGAUCUGGCGGUGCCUCAGCCAAUGCACAAUCUGGUGGAUUGAAUGGAGGACUGUUUGGAGGAGGAUCUGACGGUGCUUCAGCUAACGCUGCAUCAGGUGGAUUAAACGGAGGACUGUUCGGAGGAUCGGGUGCCUCAGCAUCCGCGGAGGCAGCUGGAGCGAACGCUGGAGCAUACGGAGAUGGCGAGAGCCAAGCUAGCGCCCAAAGCGCCAACUUCAACUUAGGACCCUACUCAGCCUCGUUUAGCAUUGCUGACUCUUCGUCCAAUAGUCAAAGGUACUGA